AUGUCUCAAGACUCACAAGUCCACAAGUCUCAGCAAGCUCUCGAUCAAGUUCAAGAUGAGCUCACAAAGCUGAUCACUGAGAACCAGCAGUUGAAAAGCCAGCUUCAGGAGACGAGAAGGUUUAAAGGCAAAGUCAACCGGCUCGAGGGCAUCAUUUUCGUUCAUCGCCUUCUUACAAAGAGCAUUGCGGAGCUCACGAGCAAGCACCAUGGGGACAAGUCUCACGUUCCCGAUUUCUUCGUUAACGACCAAUUCGCUCUUGCUCGAGGAAAUAGAUAUGAAGAUGAGAAGAAGUGGUUAGACCAGCUCGUGGGAGUACGGCCCAAGAUACGCACAUUCACGGGUCCGAACAAGCUUUUUGCAAAUAUCAGAGACGUAAGUGCGAGACUGGACCGCGAGAACAGACAACUCAAAAGCGAAGUUGCAGAUCUGCAAGGUAAAAAGCGGUGGUUGAAUGUGCAAAUGCAAGCAGACAAAGCAAUCACCUGCACAAAACUGGCAUCAAUGGGUCUGAAAGAGAGAAAAAAAAAAUUAAAAAAAAAGGAUCACAUGCUUGCAAGCUCAGCUCGCGAAAUGCAGGCGUCUACUGAGAUGUCCAACUUGACGAUUGCAGAUUUGAAUCGUACGAUCAAGGGAUUGGAGGAGCAGAUGCAAGAGUCAGAGAAGCAUUGUCAUCAAGUCAUCAACCACCUUGGAAACCUGAUCGAACUGCACGCUGGCGAGAGUUUUGAUAUGAGAGGCAUCAACGGCGCCUGUGACAAUGUGAAUAAUGCAGAGGUAGUAGAGAAGACUGUAAAGUGGCUUGGGUGGAACGAAAAGGAUUCAAGGGCUGUAAGAGAUAUGGGACAAGUGAUCAAGCGAUCCGAGAGGAGUCGCACCAACGAUGCACAGAACAGCAUCGAACACACGACCAACGAACACGAGGCCGACACUGCCAGCACUGUGUCUGUCCCUCAUUCAACGACUUCUACGCCCGGAGUUGUGCAGAUCGAUGCCCCACCAAACACAGUCUCUCCGAUAUCAAACGCACGCAAGGAUGACGACCAUAGCGGCAGCAACGACAAGGUCUCGGAUGAGUCCGAACAAAACUUCGAACCCCUGGAACUGUCACUGGAUCACUUUUCUAAUAUGCCGUUUCCACCUAUGGGCACCUGCAAACAAUACCAUGUCCAAGCUCUCAUGGAAAGGCCCCAUUUCAUACCCUACAGCGCCGUCGUUCAUCCCAGCUCCUGCAGUCCCGCCGGUGCCAACCAUGUUGGGUCCAGCGUGUGA